CGAGCGAGCUGCUGCAACAAUGAGCAGCUGCUGUUAACGUUUCCGAUAUUUAUGGCACUGCAAUGUGUGAUCAACCCUAAGAUGUGGCUGGGCCUCAAACAGAUCUUACUCUACAUUGGCUUGCUGCUGUGCGUCGUGUUGCAAGUGUGUCGCAGCAAGUCGCAGCUGCAGCUGAACUGCCCCAGCGUUUGCCACUGCGAUUUACACGCUCAACGCAAUCGCGCCAUAUGCAGCGCCAAACGCUUGAUAAGCGCCAGCAUUGAAAUACCCAAAAGUGUGGAGCUACUGGACUUGAGCUACAAUGAUAUCACCAGCAUUGAGGCCGAUUGCUUUGAGACCACUGUGUACUUGAUCAACCUCACCUUGGCCCACAAUGCAAUUAGCACACUGCAUGGCGAUGCAUUUGGUGAGCUGCGCAGACUGCGCUCGCUGGAUCUCUCCUACAAUCGGCUAGAGCAGUUCGACGAGCAUUUGCUGGAGACCAACUCGCAGCUUUGGCACUUAAAUCUCGAAGGCAAUAAGCUGGCCAGCUUGGGCAAUGCGCCACUGCUGCGCAGCGCCUCGCUGCGUCAACUGAAUCUGCGAAAUGCGCAAGUGAAUCAGCUGGGCGCAGAGCUGCUUAGUGGACUGCCACAGCUGCGCCAGCUGGAUCUGGCACAGAACAUGCUGCUGACACUCAGCACGAGUGUGUUCAAUGCGCCGCGACAUUUGGCCGCUUUGAAUGUAGAGGAGAAUCCGCUGAACUGCGAUCGCGCUUUGCUGAAAGUGGCCACGCGGCUGAGUCUGCGUGGCGUGCUGGUCAGCAUGACGGAUUGCCUGGAGGAGCAGCGCGAGGAGACUGCAGCGGAGCUGGCAGCGGAGGCAACGCAGAAUGUGAGCAUGAAGUCCGAACGCUUGGAGCUGAAUGCAGCUGAGGCAAGUGAACAGUCGUUAGUUGCCGUGUGGCGCGAACUGCCCGAGGAGUCAAUAGAGCAACAGGAGCAGGAGCAGGAGCAGGAACAACUGUCCGGCAUUGUGGAUGUGUGCGAGGGCAACCGCGAGCAGCUUUGUCUGCACUAUCGCAACUGUUUGGAGCGCAUCAGCCAUGAGCUUCUGGCUGGCGGCGUGCCACAGCUGCCGCCCGAUGAGCAAACACAACGUGUGCGCAGCUUUGACGAGGACGAUGUAAAGUUAGCCUUUGUCGUGGGUGGCGCCACUGGCAUCUGCAUGGUGGUGUUUAUCAUAAGCUUUGCGCUCUGCGUCAAAAGCGGCUGCGAGUUGCGCAAAAAGCGACGCCAAACCGAAACAAUUGCAGCAUCAAAUGAUUCUAUGCUGGAAGUGCCGCAGCUGGAGCAGCUGGCCAGCGUACAUCGCAUACGGCAGCCGCGGCGCUCCAAUCCGCAGCGAGCAGCGCAGUCUCGCGCUCUGGUGCGUCAGUACGGCCCGGAGGAUAAUUUCGUAUCACGUCUCUUUGGGCGUCCGGCGCGACACCAAUACUAUCGCACCAUCAAUCAAAACACGGCCACGCUCAUACGUCGCUUGAGUCGCAGCAAUUUGUUUAGCGCGCGCGAUCGGGAGCCAACUACGCCCACUACGCCAACCACGCCAACGGCUACGGCCACGUUCUAUGCCAGCGUAGAGGCAGCGCGUCCGGAAACGCCGCCGCCCAACUACGGCGAUGUCGUGGUCAUCGAGCCUUGUGAUAACGCGAAAUAAACUUGCGACAAUUUUUCAUCAACGCCGCAAGAAAUAUCAAUUGGGAGCAUGCCCCCUCUGGUGGCAUUACUUUUACAUGACUGCAACAAAUCGUAAUAAAAACUUUUGACAAAACUAUCAAAGUUGCCACAAGAAAAAAGGAGAACCACUGUUAAAUUGCCACACACAAAGAGAACGAGAAAACAUUGUCGUGUGUAAAAGAAAAUUCGGGUAAGAGUAAGAAAACUUUACACACUCAAAUAAAUGCUGUGAGCCAUGUAAUGGGCCAGCGGGUUAGCGGAUGUGGCAAGACAAAUCGUCAGCCAUGCAAAAGAAAACAAAAAAAAAAAGUCAGUGCUUAUAUAAGCUUGCCACAUGCCCGCAACAAUUUGCACAGUGUAGCAGCAAAAGUGUCUCAAAAGAAUCAAACCACCAAAACCAAACAAGCAAACACGGCGGCAAAAAAAGGCGCCAAAACUUUAUACACUGCAACAAAUAAUAGCAAGCAAAUACUAAAUUCAAAUAGCUUAAGAAGUCUGCUUAAAUUUGCUGCACAUUUAA